AUGUUCCAGGACGACAGAUGGAUAUUUUUUGUUGAUGACAAAAGAGGAAGCAAAAUUAUAGCAGCAAACGAUAGAACAAGUUAUGAAGAUUUCGUUGGGAUGGUGAUUGAGGAUUACAAAGUCGAUUUUCGGAUCUACGAUGUACAAUUGAGCUACAUGUUUUCUAAAAAGAUACUGCUUACACUACCGAAAAGUACACCACCGGUUAGGGUCACCAGUUGUAGACAGCUUCAUGGCUUUUUGGAACAAGGAAAAGAUAAGCCGUUGCACUUAUGUGUCGAGCUUAAAGAGAAAGGUAGAGAACCAGUUAUGUGUCCUUCGAAAAAGGAAUCCGCAAAUAUCAAAGAUCAAGAUGACGAUGAAGAUGGUGAUGAAGAUGACGACGAGGAUGGUGAUCGGUUUGAUUAUUGUGACGAUUCGGACGGAGCAUCUUCUGGUGAUGAAGAUUUUAGAUCGUACGGGACGCAUCCAAAAGAAGAAGAGAAUGAGGAAAAAUCUCCAGCUGCGAAAUUAGGUACUACGUCUACGAACACUCAACCAAAACGAGUUAGUCAACAUGUUAAGUUAGAAAUAUCCUCACUUAACCUAGUUGUUGGACAACAAUAUGAGUCGAAACAUGAACUAGAGACCAGGUUGAAGAUUUUGUCGGUUCUACAUCAGUUUGAUUUUAAAGUCGACAGAUCAGCGACAGACCUAUUCACUGUUAAUUGUUGGGUGGAAGGCUGUAGCUGGCGAGUAAGAGCGACACCAGUUGGAAAAUCUGAAAAGUUUACUGUUCGUGUGUACAUAGACAAACACACAUGUUCUGUUACGGAGCGUUCUGCUCGUGCCCGCCAAGCUACUCCUGACAUACUUGCAUUACUAUAUGUGAAUUCCGUUGGUGGUGUUGAUUCAAAAGUACUACCAAAACAUGUCGCAGAAGCAUUAAACAUGAGAUUUGGUAUCAAGAGGUUCUCAGAAAGUGGAUACUCAGAGUUACCGACAUAUCUCCACCAGAUAAGACAAGCAAAUCCCGGAACUUUCACGCGUUUGGAAGUCGAUGAGUUCCAGAGAUUUAAGUAUUUAUUCCUUGCAUUUGGUGCUAGUAUAAAUGGGUUUCCAUUCUUGAGAAAGGUAGUUGUUGUUGAUGGUACCUUUCUAAAGGGAAAAUAUAAAGGAACACUACUGAUCGCAUCAGCUCAAGAUGGGAAUUUCCAAAUAUUUCCAAUUGCUUUUGCAGUCGUAGAUACAGAAAAUGAUGAUUCUUGGGAAUGGUUCUUCCAGCAGCUUAGUAAUGUGAUUCAGGAUGAUGAAGGACUUGCACUUAUUUCUGAUAGGCACCAGUCUAUUGGUAACGCUAUUAAAAAAGUUUAUCCCAAGGCUAGUCGUGGAGUUUGUACCUACCAUCUGUACAAGAAUAUCUUGCAACGUUUUCGUGGUCGUGAUGCAUUUCGCUUGGUUAAGAAAGCAGCAAAUGCUUUUAAAAUAUCAGAUUUCGAUGCAACAUUUGAUGAAAUAGGAGUGUUGAAUCCAGCACUACAUAGGUACCUCGUAAAAGCUGAUGUUAGAAAGUGGGCUCGUGUGCAUUUCCCUGGAGACCGGUACAACUUAACUACAACAAACAUAGCAGAGUCUAUAAAUAAAGCGCUUUCAGAUGCGAGGAGUUUGCCAAUAGUACGAGUAUUAGAUGCAGUGCGAUCAAUGAUGACGAGAUGGUUUGCAGAUCGGAGGAUGGAUGCAGGAUCAAUGAAGACAACCCUGACUCGUGGCGUAGAGAAACUGUUGGAGAAACGUGUACAACAAGCUAAGCUCUAUAAGGUGCAAGCAAUAGAUGUACACCAUGCACAAGUGACAUGUGGUAUGUCUUUGAAUGUAGUAAAUCUGAAAGAGAAAAAAUGUUCGUGUCGUCGUUUUGAUGUGGAGAAGUUACCAUGUGUGCACGCCAUUGCCGCAGCUGAAGCACGUAGAAUUUCUCCCAUAUCAAAAUGCGAUCCAUACUAUCACAAGAACUACUUUUACAAUGCAUACUCCACUUCUGUAAUGCCAAGGGAUGCUGCUUCACCUGUUUCCGAAGAUGUCGCCUCUAAAGUGUGUUCACCUCCCAUAGUACGCAAUCCGCCAGGUAGACCUAAGAAUUCAAGAAUGAAAUCAGCAUUGGAGAAAGCCACAGCUAAAAAGCGGCCUCGUAAAGAAUACACAUGUUCUCGAUGUCAUAGAGUUGGUCAUAAUUGUAAGACAUGUAAGGCUCCUAUUGAAGUUUAG